AUGUUUAAUAUUCCACCAAAUCUUCGACGCCACCCCGUUCGGAGAAAUUUCAAUACGGGCUUAAGUAAUAUCGGAUUCUGGGAGCGCUCAGCGGAGGAAGGUCUCAAGAGGCGCGUGACAUCCAUUGCCGGGAGCUUCCACCAGCCCAACCCGAAACGCCUAACGAAGUCGCAAUGGACGGCACGGCGAGCGCGGGGGGCGGCGUGGUGGGGGCGAGUGGUGGCCGGAGGGGGGUUUGAGACGAUCAAAAGGGUUCCUAAUUCGCGCGGCGGGCACGGGCACACAUUCGAGAUAUCUAGAUUAGCGCCGAGGGGUCCGCGCGGGGCGGUUUACGACGAGGCCGACGGAAUAUAUCUGCAGACGCCGCGGACCGUCCACGUGUUUACGUCGUCGCCGGCUACAUUUGGACGUGGUCUCGAUGAGAUAUCGCUCCGAAUCGAGCGUAACGAAGACGCUUCGCACUCGAACAAGUCCCGCUCAUCUCCCGGCGGA